CGUGCAGCAGACUGCAGUCUCCAUCAGUGCACUGGCAGGUGGGGAGGAUCCACAGACAGGACCGCCACCAUGGUUUUCUUCUCAGUUUUAGCUGUUUUGGCUCUGGUGGUUUCAGCUGAAGGUCGAGUUGGACCGAGCACAAACACCAGCUUYUGCACCGAGUCUAAGGAGUGUCUGGAGUACGAGCUGGUCUGCAAAACAGAUGAGUACGAAGUGCGACGCUACAGCCCCACCUGCUGGGUGUCGACUGAUGCCGAGGCRUAUUUCAUGGGGGUGGGUGCAGCUAUGGCUUUCAGGAGACUGUUCCAGUACAUCACCGGAGCAAAUGAAGGAGGUGUUCAGAUGGAGAUGACCGCCCCAGUUUUGGUGAAGGUCCCAGAGGAGACCAAGAUGUGGGAACCAGCAGUGUACACGCUCAGCUUCCCUCUGCCGGCGGCCCAUCAGGACAAACCGCCGGCGCCCACUAACGACAAGCUGUAUUUCACCGAGAUGCCAGAGAUGUUUGUGUACGUGAGGAGUUACGGAGGCUGGAUGCUGUCGGUCACCUCCAGGCUUCAUGCUCACAUGCUGACGAAGGAACUGGAGAGAGUGCGCGCUUCCUACAACCACAGUUAUCACUACGGAGUCGGUUACGACAGCCCCUUGAAGUUGCUGGACAGGCAUAAUGAGGUUUGGUACGUGGCCGAGGGAGAGCCGGUCUGCACAGACCCACAGGAACCGACUCCCGCUCACACGCCUCGUCUGAAUCCAACCCACCUGUUUCCAGACUCCCCGUCGGACCCCCUCCCACUCGUGCUCUCUGAUUCACCCUCACUUAUCCCGUCUGACCUGUCCGUUAACACAACGUCCAACUCCUCCUCYCUGCUGCCCUCUGAUGGACCUGCUGUCCCCCCAUCUGAAACACCAGUCAACGCUUCGUCCCAUCUGCUCCCUGACCCUACAACCAGCCACCCUGCCCCCUCCGCCCCAGCCUCCUUGGACCUGGCAGCCAACUCCUCGGAGCUCGUGUCUGUGGGUCCGUCGUUGGAGCCACAGCAGGAUGCUGRCGUGUGGAGCACCACCGUUCUCAGCACCGCGGACACACAAGCUGAACGUAACAUGGAGGCUGAUACGGAUGAAGCCCAUUAGCAGCCGUCUGGUUGUAUAACUCCAGGUAUCAACGUGGAUUAAUGCUAGAAAAAAACACACAAAAUGUGUUUAAUAGACAGUAAUAAUGCACUCUUCGUCUAUUUUUCUCUUUGUCUGUGCAUUACAACAACUCCUCCKUAUGACACUUGUGUUGCUUAAAAAGAGAGUCUGUGGAAAGAUUAUUGAUCAACAAUAUCUUACCUGCUGUAGACAGCUUUUUGAACAACCUCUAUUGGUGAAAAUAGCUUAAAUCUGACCCCAYUGAUGAGAUAAUGACUUGACCAAGCAGGGCUAAGUCCAAAGAGUGAUUUAUUUUAGAAAGGGAAGUUGUGKGUUGUGACUAAAGGAUAUAACAACGACUUUAUUAAAGCAGCAGCCCAAACAUCAAAUUUAAAUGCAGAGAUACAACAAAAACAUUUUCAGCUGUAGCACUGAGGGUGACAUAAAGAAAAACAGUCUGUUGUUAAGCUUCAAUAUUAACGUUGCUGAAAAUCAUUGCUUUGACACUGGAAAUUAAUAGCCACCAUGAAAAUGUUCCUCUGAUAAACCUUUAUAACCUUGUACACCACCGUCAGUUUCACGUUUAAUAGUUACUUAUUCAGUGGUUCRUUGCAGCUAGCUGUAGCACAUCCUGUGCAGUUUCAGACACUUUCAGCUGACAUAUUAUAAUAUUUUUGCCAAAAUAGGUUUGUAGAUUGGAGUCUAAGCUUCGUCUUUUCAGAUCAGUCAGGAUGAAACUCUUAUUUUUUUUUCCAAAUUGAGGUCAUCCAAAGGUCUUUCCAACACAGGGGAUUUUUAUAACCUUUCCACAGAACCUCACUUUAAAACAUCUGAACUAUCUCUUUAAGUUCUACUGUAACUUUACAACCACAUCCUCCUGCAUCAGCAAACAUAAGAGCUUCCUCUUCAUCAUCCUGAGGUUAUCAAAUCGCUGCGUCUUCCUGCUGAAUGAGCUGCAUCAUAUGUGUUAGUUUGAACAUUUAUUGUGUYGAUUACUGAAGCUACAGCUGCUAAAUGCAGUUCAUCCCACGGCGCUGUUAGAACGUCAACGUAAAUCUGUGUAACUGAUAAAUACAGCGCUGGGACUAGCCACGGCUACAUCAGAGGAAAGUGGAAUUUGUGUCAUUAGAGCUCACUGAAACGUUCUACCCAGCUUUAACUUUCUCUAAGAUUUAAUAGUGAAUUUCACAAUAACGUGUUCUGUGUGUAACAACAUGAAGUGGGAUCUUUGCUGCAACGUUGCACCAAGCUAACAGUAACACUUAGCAAAUAAUCUUUAAUGUUUUACUCAUAGCAACACAAAGUUUUCCUCGUCAGCAAAUAUUAGCUGAACUCUGUCUUUUCUGCUUAAUGUUGCUUACUUUGAAAGCAACAUUAGUUCAAGUAAAGAUAAAUAUGGAAAAUUUAAUUAAAACUCAUCCAAAAAGCAUUUAGCCAUUUUUUUAAUGCCGACUUGACACACAUGGAAAAACAGGAGUUGAACAGAUCGAUCUUCUGGUUCWUAUCAACCAGAACGUUUUCCUUUUUGAACAGAAUCUAAUGUGAUUUUUGAAAGUAAACAACUCUAGUCUUUACUAGUUACAGCUUGCUUACAGCGUUCAUACUUGUGUAAAAAAUAUCUUCAUAAAGUCUGAAGAUGUUUUCUUUGAUAGAGUCGAUGUAGAGGAAAGCUUUUGCUGUCCUUUUUCUGGUUUCCUAUCGCCGCUUUUAGGACAGGCAUGCUAUGUAUGAGAUAGUAUGUGGACAUUUAUUUGUUUCUGUAGGAAAAUGUAAAAUGGCACUUUGAGGUGCUUUAUGGCGAAAGAAAACAAUUGUUUUUGUGUUUAUCUUUAAAAUGAACUUUGUCACCUAUCUUAGCUUAUGCACAGAAAACAAAAAAGAGAUAAUCUGUACUCUUCUUCCUGUGAAAUAAAAUAACAAUAAAAAAAACAAUAAAAAUUUUUAGAUUUGAACUGGCAUUGAUCUUCAGAACGCACCACAAGCUGUGUAAGCCUUUGCUGUAAUUAGGACUGCACCAAAGAUCCCAGAGAAUUACACCUGAUCACACCGAUGCAAUAAGAAAUAUGUAUGUUAAUGAAGAACACUCUGUACCAAUGCAUCUCAGAGCUGCAUACUGAAUGUUCUGGAAAAAAACAAUAAAAACACAAACUCUUGUUGAA